AUGGAGUCCGAAACUGCAUCUGUUGAGUGGGAGUGGCCAGAGUACGAUGGAAACAUGGACAUCGAUGAGCCUGAGCCGGAACUUUUUGUUCCAGAGGAAGAGCCCCCGGUCCCCGAUAUCCCCUGGCAAGAGCUGCAAGAGCUGCAGAUCGUGAAGGAGAAGAGGCUGUGCGAGUUGAGUCGUGAGAUCCAUCAAGGCCCUUACUAUACUUCCCUCCCAAACUCGGAGGUAGAUUGGUCCCUUGAGGGCCGAAUCGUUUGUCGGGUUGUCCGGUGCCCAUUCUAUGGGCAUGAGUUUCAGCUGACCAACUUCCGGAAACACUUGCAUAGCACGAUGCACAGACGACUGGACGAAUGGUACGAGUCUGAGGUCGCGGUCCCUUCCCCCAGCCCAGAGCUUAAGAGCCCAACCCCUGAGCGGCGCGGUGCUGGAGUUCUUCCUCCGCCAACCUCUCCCGUCUCUGCUUAG